GGUUACAUGUCCAUUUAUGCAGGAAUUGUCUCCGCGAUUUGAUUUUUGAUUCAACACGCAAUACAUACCUGACCACAAUUGAACUGAUGGUCAACAUUGAUAUCAUUCUAAAUAAACAAAUUGUUCCAAACGAGCGUCUCACAGAUUUGACUCUUUCGCUGAAGACAGUCGAUGAUCUGUUAGUUCUCCUUGAUGGUCUUGCACCUAAUUUGAUCGUACUGAAUGUCACUUUAUAUGAUGCUCGUACCUCUACUCGAUUACUGUUACCAUCUGGAUGGCCUCGUCGAUCAAUGUCUCAUUUGACUGAAUUUCGAUUAACGACAAAAGAAAAGGCGGAAUGGAAACUUGAAUAUCUACAUGGUAUUGUUAUGGUUCUUGAUCAGCUCGACACUUUUUCAUUGGUUGUGGAAAAUUGGAUUGGUGAUGCUGACAAUCAGUUUCCCUCAGGCAACCAAAUCGAAAUAAUCAUCAAUGAGUAUCUUCCUUAUCUUCAUCACUUCUAUUGCGAUAUUCAGACGACGUGUGAUAUUAAUAUGGAGACUUUUGUCGGAUUCAAUCGUCGUUGGCCUAUGA